AUGCUGGAUGCCAUCAAUGCCCACGAUUUCGCACCCGACCAACAGCAAGGCAAUCGAUUCAUUCUCCCACCCUCCAUCUAUGGCUCAAAGAGGUUCUGGAAGAAAUGCUAUCACGACGCGAUGGCCAUUGUCCGGUUCUACGGGAAACCGGAUUUCUUCCUCACCAUGACGUGCAACCCCAGGUGGCCGGAGAUCCAGGGCAGUCUCCUACCUGGGGAGUCCGCCACAGAUCGCCCGGAUCUGUGUGCGAGGGUCUUCUUUCUCAAACACCAGCAAUUGAAAGAAGACCUCAUCAAGAAGCACGUCUUGGGUCGGGUCCUCGCCCAUGUGGAGAGUGUGGAGCACCAAAAGCGGGGCCUGCCUCACACCCACCUCAUCUUCUGGGUCGCCGCUGCGGACAAGCCAACCACCCGGGAGAUCAUUGACGUUACCGUCUCGGCCGAGCUCCCCGAUCGGAGCGUCAAUCCCGAGUUGUACGAUAUCGUCAAGACCCACAUGAUUCACGGGCCAUGUGGGCCUUGGAAUCGGCGGCUGGUUUGUAUGCAGCGGGACGGGCAACCCGCCGACCAGCCCGCCAAAUGCGCCAAGGUUUUUCCAAAGACCCUCCGCCAAGAAACCCGGGUAGUGGAUGACUACUACCCGGAUUAUCGGCGCCGUUCUCCGGACCAGGGUGGGCAUUUCAUAACCCUGACACGACUUAACGGGGACGCCGUGACCGUGGACAACCGGUGGGUGGUUCCCUACAACCCGCGUCUCCUCCUCAAGUAUCAUUGCCACAUGAACCUUGAGGUCGUUCAUACCGUUCUAUCGAUCAAGUACAUUUUCAAGUACAUAACCAAGGGCCAAGAUCGAAUGAACGUCCGUGUUCAUGUCGAACCACAGGAGACCAAUCCGCCGCCUCCUCCCGAGCAACAUCAACUUGGUGGGUUCGCUGACGCCAUUGCGGCCCAAGCUCAAGGCGGGGCUCCCGCCGUGGCCCCUGAGGAGCCGCGGAGAAUGGAUGACGUUGACGAGAUCAAGGAGUACCAUGACGGCCGAUAUCUCAGCUCAGGAGAGGCUGCGUGGAAACUCUUGGGCUUCAACAUCCAUUGGAACCACCCACCCGUGGAACAACUUCCGGUGCACCUCCCCAUGCAACAUCAAUUUUUGAUGCGAGAGGGCGCUCGCAUCAAUCCGGAGGCGGUCCGGGCCGCCGCCAACGUCCGCAACAAAUUAACUGGCUUUUUCCAUCUCUGUGGUCAGGAAGAUUCGUUGUUGCGUGGGGUGUACCCAACGAACCCUUUACCGUACUAUCGCUCGAGCGAACCCCUCGAACAGAGCGCUCUAUGA